AUGGUCCGGAACAUCGUUGUUAUCGGGGGCACUUCCCACCCGCAAUUGACUCAGACCAUCUGCAACGUGCUGGGCAUCCCGCCGGCAGAUGUUCUGCUGUCGAAAUUCUCCGUGGGUGAGACCCGGGUGGAGAUCAAGGAAUCCGUCCGUGGAAAGGAUGUCUAUAUCAUUCAGUCCGGUGGUGGAAAGGUAAAUGAUCUCCUUAUGGAGCUUCUGAUUACCAUCUCGGCUUGCAAGACCGCCUCCGCCAAGAGAGUCACUGCGGUCCUCCCGCUUUUCCCGUACUCGCGUCAGAGUGACAUUCCCUACAACAAGACCGGAGCUCCUUUGGUCAAGUCAUCCCUUGCGGGGAGGCAAGGCAAUAACUACACCUUUGAGAGUACCCCGCCUACCCCACUUCCGGGGAAGUCCGAAACUGGAGGUCUUUUGAACGGUCUGAACGGCGUCGAUAACCUGCAGAAGAGCCUGGCCAAGGCUCAAUUGGAAGAUAUCAGCAAUGGCAGCCCUGUGAAGAAGCAACGCCCGGUCAAUGGUCUUCCCCGCAGCGAUACCAUGGAGUCCCUGCAGUCUGAAGGUAACAGGUUCGCACUCAACGGUGCCGACGAGAAGAUCAACAACUUCCAACCCCGCCCCGGCUACAAGCAGUGGGUGGCUCAGGCCGGUACCUUGGUCGCGGACCUGCUCACCUGCGCUGGUGCAGACCACAUUAUCACCAUGGAUCUCCAUGACCCUCAGUACCAGGGUUUCUUCGACAUUCCGGUUGACAACCUGUACGGCCGCCCACUCCUCAAGAGCUACAUCCAGCGGAACAUCCCCAACUACAAGCAGGCUGUGAUCGUCAGUCCCGAUGCUGGUGGCGCGAAGCGUGCUACGGCGAUUGCCGAUGGCAUGGGUGUUGAAUUCGCCCUUAUCCACAAGGAACGUCGUCCUACCCGUAUAACGGAUCGACAGAACGCUACCAUGAUGCUGGUGGGAGAUGUUAAGGAUCGGACGGCGAUCCUGAUUGACGACCUGGCGGACACGUCGAACACCAUUACCCGAGCGGCGAAGCUCCUCAAGAAGGAAGGAGCUGCACAGGUUUAUGCUCUGGUCACCCACGGAAUCUUGAGUGGAGAUGCCAUUGAUCGGAUCAAUGCUAGCGCUCUCGAUAAGGUGGUGGUUACAAACAGCGUUGACCAGGCAGACCACUUGCGCAGAUGCCCCAAGUUGGAGGUUUUGGAAGUCGGUCACGUUUUCGCUGAGGCUAUCCGCCGUGUCCACCACGGUGAGAGUAUCAGUACUCUUUUCCAGUACGACUAA